AUGCGUGCUUUCAUUGUAGUUUGCUUGUUAGCUGCGGUAUACGCCGACAACUUAGGAUACAAUUAUCAACCAGUUGAUCACUCGAGCUCAGGACUCUCUUUCGUGCCUGGCGGUGGUGCAGCAACUCAGGAUGCUCCCAGUUAUGCAGCACCUGCAGCUUCAUCAGGAUUGCCAUCUUAUGCUGCACCUGCAUUAUCAUCAGGAUCUCCAUCCUAUGUUGCACCAGCAGCUUCAUCAGGAGCACCAUCUUAUGCUGCUCCUGGCGGUGAAUUGCAAAAGGAAUUUUUCACCUACUCUGCCAACGAUGAAGAUUUCCACGAUGGUGCCGCAUCUGAUCAAAUUAAUAAUGCAUUAAAGCAAAGUCUCCGUGUCAUUUUCAUAAAGGGACCUGAAAAUAAUGCACUUGAGAAUGCCGCACUCAAUCUCGCCAAAGCAGGAAGUGACCGUCAAACUGCCAUUUAUGUGUUACAAAAACAAGCCGACAUUGGUGAUUUGGCCAAUAAACUUAAUAACAUUAAUAACCAAAAUAGCCAGAAACCUGAAGUUCACUUCGUCAAAUAUCGCACCCCUGAGGAUGCUGCCAAUGCUCAACAUGCAAUUCAAUCGCAAUACGACUCAUUGGGUGGUCCAUCUCACUCUCACCAUGGCGGCGUCGCUCCAGUUAUUAACUUUGCUUCUCCUGCUACUAGCCAUCAAGGCAGUUAUGGUGGUGAGGCCAGUGCACCAAGUGGCAGUUAUUUACCACCAUCUGUACUCCGUAGCUUGCGUCUGUAA